AAAGUUCUCUCGGCCGCUCAUCAGGAUGCAGUUCACCGCCGAAAACCACCGCUUGAUACUGAACGACGGGAAUGCUAUCCCGGUGAUAGGACUUGGGACUUACGCGGAUCCCAAAAAGACUCCCAAAGGCACUUGUGCUGAAUCAGUGAAAACAGCCAUUGAUGCCGGUUAUCGUCAUAUUGAUGGGGCUUUUGUGUAUCACAACGAAGAUGAAGUUGGACAGGCCAUACGGGAGAAAAUUGCAGAGGGGAAGAUCAAGCGCGAAGACCUAUUUUAUUGUGGCAAAUUGUGGAAUACAUGCCACCCACCAGAAAUGGUGCGUCCCACUCUAGAGAAGACAUUAAAAAUUUUACAGCUUGACUACGUCGAUCUCUAUCUUAUUGAACUGCCGAUGGCUUUUCAGCCAGGAGACAACCUCUAUCCUAUAGAUGAAAAUGGAAAAUGGAUUUAUCAUGAAACAGAUCUAUGCGCCACAUGGGAGGCUUUGGAAGCAUGUAAAGAUGCAGGCUUGGUGAAAUCUCUUGGCGUAUCCAACUUCAACCGUAGGCAGCUGGAAAUGAUUCUGAACAAGCCAGGUCUGAAGUACAAACCUGUCAGUAACCAGAUUGAAUGCCAUCCAUACUUCACCCAACCCAAACUUUUAGAGUUCUGCAAAUUGCAUGAUAUUGUUCCUGUUGGGUACAGUCCACUUGGCACAUCAAGAGAUGAAAACUGGUAA